CAUUCCGAGAGGACGAGCGAUCGAGUACCAGGAGAAGGCAUACGCGUGGCUCAAGUCAUUCGGCACGGAGCUUGAUAUGGCGGAUCCGGCUACGUGGACCAAGGCCAAUCUGCCGGUGCAGAGCAAGAUCAACACAUUUCACUCAUACGGCGUGGCGCACGAGAAGUUCAUGUGGGACGCCCGCAUGGAGCCUGGGGUGCUCGACGCCUUUGCGACCAUCUGGGGCACCGACGAGCUCCUGGCCAGCUUUGACAGCCUCAACGUGACACUACCCAAUCGCACCGACGUGCCGCGCAAGGGCGCCUGGGAACACGUCGAUCAGAGCCCGCUGCGCCGUGGGCUGCACUGUGUCCAGGGCAUCCUGAACCUCUCACCAAGCGGCCCCGAGGAUGGCGGCUUGGUCGUCUAUCCUGGGUCACACGCGCUCAACGAAGUCUUCUUUGACACGCAGACCGACAGCGCGACGUGGAACCCACUGGAUCGCUUCCUGUUCGACAAGGAGCAGCUGGCAUGGUUCGCAGCCCACGGCAGCACGCCGCUCAAGGUCUGCGCCGACGUCGGCGACCUGAUUCUAUGGGACAGCCGCACUAUCCACUACGGCGCCGAGCCGACGGAACGCAGCUCCCAGAUCCGCACCGUCAUCUACGCCGCAUACACGCCCGCCCGCCUCGCCUCGCCCGAGCAGCUCGCGCUCAAGAAGGAGGUGUUCGAGAAGUAUGGCGGCACUACGCACUGGCCGCACCAGAACAUCAUCGCCCGCGAGACAGCCACCUAUCUCGAGGACGGGACACGGGAUCCACGCGACAGGGAUGCGCCGCUCGAGUUGCCCGAGAUGAGUGACAAGCUUCUCAAGCUGGCUGGGGCCAAGGCAUACUAAGGGGCGCGAGGGAGCUACGCAGUCGUGAUAAAUGCGAUUGGGCAUGUAUGAUGAUGAUUAUUGCUUUGUUCGUUUUAG